AUGGACACGGCGGGGGCUGGUGGGGUGCAAGCCAGGCGUGUCCCUGAUCCUGGCCCUCCGACCCUGGUGCACCCAGCAGUGGACCCGGUGGAAGAGCAGGGUAGGUCUUCGAAGUCAGAGAGGGCGCAGGGAGCUGUCCACGGAUUGGUGCUGAACGGAGACGCAGGGGUCAACCUGCAUCCCCUUCCCCGCACCCCACGGCGCUGCAUCCGCAAAGGGAACUUUUGUCUAAGAAGUCCCCCGAGACCGCGCGGCCCGGCUGCCAGGAGUGCCCUGGAGGCCGUCCCCAGAGGCACUGCUGGCCAUCGCAGUACAAUAGAGAACCCAGAGCGAGAGGGAAGACGAGAGGGCGGGGGCGAGGGCGACCCGGCGCCGCUGGCCGAGGAAGAUUUAUUGCACCGCCCGGGUUCCAAGGACUGGCUGCGAUCGCCGCUGCUGCCCGUGUCAGGAGCUGCCGCGGCCGCUGCGCCCCCUGCACGGGCAGCCCCGAGCUUGGGCUGCUGGUGCGGGGCUCAGGGAACAGGUGUGUGGCCGCUUACCUGGGGCGCCCAGAGCCGGGAGCUGCGGGAAGGCGGCGGGGCCAGGCGCGUGGCCCGAGGGCUAGCUAUCGGACCCCGGGAGGGCGCGAGUGACUGCACGGGCGGCUUCGGCCUCCGCGCCGGGCCCGUCCAGGGCCUCAGGGGCAACCGCACAGGGGACCCAUCUUUCUGCCCGGGACCCUGGAGCCGUGCGCCUGCUGAGAGCCUGCGCCGCGCGGGAGGGGCCAGUGGGGCCGCGGGUGUGAGAGCGGGGAGCCCGGGAGCGCGGCUGUGCGCGCGCGCGGGGAGGGGCCGCGCCGUCACCCGGAGAGCCCGGCGGAUCCCCGACUCCCGCCCGCUGCUCCGCCGGCCGCGCACCUCCGUUCACCGCUCGCCCGGCUCCAGCCGCCGCCGCACGGUGAGUACCCGAGCCCGACCUCAAGACUCCAUCGCCUCACUCUCUACGCUGCCUGACUCCAGCCUCGUCGCCCUCUCCAAUCUCACCCCUCAAGCCCCAGGAGCCGGCGAGGGCUCCCAGAGCCGCCCUGGCCGCUGCUCCUUGUCGCUGCGCACAGGUCCGGAGUCCCCUCCUCCUACUCGGAAAGACCCCGAGGGGACUCCAGACCUCAGCUUGGAGAAGACGCGCUCGGCUCAAGGCUCUGCCUUCACUGCAAGCGGGCAGGGCACACUGGCCGAUUUCGGGAAACCGAGAAGACAUCUUCAUUUCCCAGAGCCGCGGCACCCCCCUUCCAUCUCCCUAGCCAGCCUGAAGACCCUUCGGGAGGGGGUGGGAAAGGUAUAUCUGAAGGAGGAAAACUUAGGCAGCGGGCGGCUACAAGCAAAGAAGUGGCUUCUGAGAAACUUCUUUGAGAACCUCUUCGUCCCGUGUGCUGACCCGGAGGGGAACCAGCUUGGGAGCGGCGGCAUGGAGGCUCUCACCACUCAGCUGGGGCCGGGGCGCGAGGGAAACUCUUCUCCCAACUCCAAGCAGGAGUUGCAGCCCUACUCGGGUUCCAGCGCUCUCAAACCCAACCAGGUGGGCGAGACGUCGUUGUACGGGGUGCCUAUCGUGUCCCUGGUCAUCGACGGCCAGGAGCGCCUAUGCCUGGCGCAAAUCUCCAACACCCUCCUCAAGAACUACAGCUACAAUGAGAUACACAACCGCCGCGUGGCCCUGGGCAUCACGUGCGUGCAGUGCACACCGGUGCAGCUGGAAAUUCUGCGUCGGGCAGGGGCCAUGCCCAUCUCGUCGCGCCGCUGCGGCAUGAUCACCAAGCGUGAGGCCGAACGCCUGUGCAAGUCGUUUCUCGGCGAGCACAAGCCACCCAAGCUGCCCGAGAACUUCGCCUUCGAUGUGGUGCACGAGUGUGCCUGGGGUUCGCGUGGCAGCUUCAUCCCCGCGCGUUACAACAGCUCGCGUGCCAAAUGCAUCAAGUGCGGUUACUGCAGCAUGUACUUCUCGCCUAACAAGUUCAUCUUCCACUCGCACCGCACACCCGACGCCAAGUACACGCAGCCCGACGCAGCCAACUUUAACUCGUGGCGCCGACACCUCAAACUCAGUGACAAGUCGGCCACAGACGAACUGAGCCACGCUUGGGAGGACCGGGGACUUGGUCUGGCGACGGGAGCUGGCGGCCCCGCGGGCCCUGGAGGGCCUGGUGGCGGCGCCGGGGUCCGCAGCUACCCUGUGAUCCCAGUGCCCAGCAAGGGCUUUGGCCUCUUGCAGAAGCUGCCGCCACCGCUUUUCCCUCAUCCCUAUGGCUUCCCCACGGCCUUUGGUCUCUGCCCCAAAAAGGAUGACCCUGUGUUAGGCGCUGGCGAACCCAAGGGCGGCUCCUACGUGUCGGCCUUCCGGCCUGUAGUCAAGGACGCCGAAAGCAUCGCCAAGCUCUACGGUAGCGCCCGCGAAGCUUACGGCGGUGGGCCAGCCCGUGGGCCGGGGCCGGGCGCAGGGACGGGCGGCGGCUACGUGAGCCCUGACUUUCUGAGCGAGGGCAGCUCCAGCUACCACUCCGCCUCCCCCGACGUGGACACUGCAGACGAGCCCGAGGUGGACGUGGAGUCCAACCGCUUCCCCGACGACGAGGGCGCCCCGGACGAGGCCGAGCCCGGUGCGCCCAGCACAGGAGGCAGCCCGAAUGGAGACCAGCCCGCAGGACCCCCGUCUAUCACCUCGUCCGGCGCCGACGCUCCCACAGACUCUCCAGAAGGCGGCAGCCCUCGUCCCCGGCACCGCCCGGGGCUACCCCUAGCCAGUCGAGCCGCAUUUGGGGACCUGGCGGCCGACGACAUGGUGCGGAGACCAGAGAAGAGCCCGCCAAGCGGCGGCUAUGAGCUGCGAGAGGCUUGCGGACCGCUGGGGGGCCCCGCGCCCGCCAAGGUGUACGCGCCCGAGAGGGACGAGCACGUGAAGAGCGCGGCGGCGGCGCUGGGGCCCGCGGCGUCCUACCUCUGCGCCCCAGAGGCCCACGAGCCAGAUAAGGAAGACAAUCACUCGACCGCCGACGAUUUGGAAACGAGGAAAUGCUAUCCAGACCAAAGGAGUAUCUCCCAGCCAAGUCCGGCAAAUACAGACAGAGGCGAAGAUGGGCUCACCCUAGAUGUCACAGGAACUCAACUAGUGGAGAAGGAUAUCGAGAACCUGGCCAGAGACGAAUUGCAAAAACUGCUCCUGGAGCAAAUGGAGCUUCGCAAGAAGCUGGAGCGAGAAUUUCAGAGUCUCAAAGAUAAUUUUCAGGAUCAAAUGAAGAGGGAAUUGGCUUAUCGAGAAGAAAUGGUGCAACAGCUGCAAAUUGUCAGAGAUACUCUUUGUAACGAACUUGACCAGGAGCGGAAGGCACGCUAUGCCAUCCAGCAGAAAUUAAAAGAAGCCCACGACGCCCUGCACCAUUUCUCCUGCAAGAUGCUGACGCCCCGGCACUGCACGGGCAACUGCUCCUUCAAGCCCCCGCUGUUGCCCUAGGGCCGGCCCAGCCGCGCCCACGCGCCCUCAAGCCAUGCUGCUCUCUUCUUGUAAAUACCCGCGGCCGCGGCGGCCGAGAGCGAGAUACAAGCCAUUCGGACCGGACCGAUGUAAAUACAGCCUCCCGCCCGCCUGCCCUUCUCCCGGGCGCCUCGGCCUUGCCCGCUCCCUCUUGGGAGCCCGAGACCAGGACCCAGUAUCCGUUUCCAAUUGUAAAUACCACCUUGCCUCAUGGUUCAACUCCGGGCAUAGGGUCUCAUGGUCUUAACUGACCAAAGGGGUAAAGAAAAGGGAUAGGGGGCUGCUUCUCCUUGUACAGCCUCUGAAUCCCAAUUGUGAAUACAAUGUAGCAAUUUCGGUGGCCCCGCGCUCCCCUCCCCGUCCACUUCUGAAACUCUUGUUCCUGAUGACAAAGUGGCUAUGUGCAAUGGAUAUAAAUGUAUUGUGAGUCUCUUGGUUCAGUAAUAAUGGGUUCAUUUUUAAUUUAUUUAUGCUGUAAGUUAUUUUGCUUCCUUCUCCUGGACCUACUUCCAGUCCCAUUUUGCAUUCCCUCUUGGGUUUUUGCUUUGUUUUUUGUUGUUGUAAACUCUUGAUGUAACAGCACUUUAAAAAGGGCGACAACUGACUCACGAGAUGGAAACCACCUUGAGCCUGAUUGGGGAGAUCACCCUGUAUCCCUGAUUUUUGUUUUGUUUUUAAUAAAAAAGAAAAGAA